AUGAGAAAAUUAUCGAUCGUUCUGUUUUUAUCUGAAUUGUUUACAAUUGCAUGCAGGAGUAAAGAGAAGGUCGAUAGUUAUGUUUCUCAUCACCGCGCGUCUCGAUUCUUGUCGAGAGCCGAUAUCUAUCGACUCUUCGAAUUGAAUCGUCGUUCGUCGUAGCGGCGAACAUCUGGGCAAUGGCCGACGCGGCGUGGCGCGGCGCGAGGGGCGGAAUCAAGAAAUAUGAUUUAUGUGAUGUGGAUUGUUUGUUGACGUUCGUCAAUUCACAUCAAUUCACGUCAAUUGAUGUGUGAGCUGCAGCGUGGGCGAGUGCCAACUCACGUUGCAACGUGCACUUUGCACUUGGUCCCGAGUCCCGAGCAAAGAGAUUGGAGAGAAAAUAGACAGAUUAGAAAAUAAGGACGCUAUGGAGGAGAGAAAUUGCGAACGUCGUUCUUUCCAUCUCGCCAGCGUGUUUCCAGGUAUCCAUUUCGACGUUGACAUCACUGACCUGCCGACAGACACUCCCCGUAUCUCCAGACUGGAUGUCUUCUUGCUGGCUUGCUCCAUAGUAAUGCAUGUCGUCGACAUGGGUUUCGAUUAUAAUAUCGCUAUCCAAUAUUACCUGGGUGCUAAAGUAACGUAUUUUGCUUGGACAAUGUGCCUCAUACUUGUUCCCUCUCUGAUCAAUGUUGUUAUCAGCAGGAGGAUGCAACUUCAAGAUAAACAAAUAAGUUCCAGUACAUCGAAUGAGUAUAAAACGACACAUUUGUUGAUUAAAAAUGGAUUGUAUUGUACAAUCGCUGUUUUUUUGCAAUUGGCGCCAGUUAUACAUUACUGGGAAACCCUGAAGUGUGCAUUAAAAGCACGUAAAUGCAAGAAAUCCGAGGAUCGUAUCAAUGAAAGGAGAUAUUACUUAAGGAUGCUCAAAGAAGAUCAAGAUGUUGCCUUGUUAAGAGUAUUUGAAUGUUUCUUGGAAGCUGCACCGCAACAAAUCCUACAGCUAACUCUGAUGCUAAAGCAUUACCACAAUGAAAUUAAUUUUGAAUUUGUACAUCAAGUAGCUAGUAUUGUCAGCUCGCUUGCAAGCAUGGGUUGGGCAAUGGCCAGUUAUCAUCGUAGCAUUCGAUUAGCUCAACAAAAUAAAUUGAAUAUUGGUGUUGUAGGAACCGUGCUACAAUUUCUGUGGCACUUUAGCAUUACAGUGGCAAGAAUCUUAUCUCUCAGUAUUAUUGCAAGCGUCUGGCCUCUAUAUACUAUAAUCGGUUGCCUAAUACAUUGGGUAAUCAUGACCAUAUGGAUUUUGAUCAAUUCUCAUGGAAUAUUAGAGUUUUGCCGAGCUUAUGAUCGCCCACCACAUAUGCUGCCAACAUUUAAAGAACGCAUUUAUUCUAGCUUAUUUGCCAUAGUUAUUGGCAUAGUUUACAUUUUCAUAUAUUUAAAUACUGUAGAUUGCAAUACAUUUUGGAAACAUCUAUGUUUCUAUAUGCUCUGUUUUGCAGAAAACAUUACUUCAAGUCUAUUGUGGAGAUAUACCUGUCCUCCUGAAGUUACAGAGGCUUGGUAUUUUAACAUAUUCUUUAUUACUUGCAUCGUUUCCUUUUUGCUAGGAAUUAUAGCAAUGAUAAUAUAUUAUACUAGAUUUCACCCUUCGAAAAAGCAACGUGUUUCAAAUUCACUUCAAGCCAUGUAAUCAUGAAUCUCUAUUUUUUACUUUAAGGAGAUUAAAUUAAUUUUGCAUUAUAAUUUACAAAGUAUCUUUCGAGAUACACAUUAUGUAUCUCGAAAAAAAAAGAAUCUCGAUAUUAAAAUUCAUAUAUAUAUAUAUAUAUAUAUAUAUAUGUGUGUGUGUAUAUAUAAGCAAUGCCACAUUUUGACUAAAUCUGCAACAUAUAGUUUUAAGAUGUCUCAUAGACUGCGCAGAAAUGUAAGUACAUGGCUGUGUUAUCAAUAGAAACCAACUAGAUAUUGUCUUUUAUAUUGAAAUCUUUAAUAAGAAUCUUUUUUUUACACUUUUUCAAUUUAAACUGUAAGAAAU